AUGACUUCUAUAGAUAUCCUUAUAGCCGAUAUCAAUCGAUGUAUCCAAUUGCCCCCCAAUCAAAUCCCCUUGGCAUUAAGUAAAAUCCUCAGCUUGGACCCUAACACCAACCACCAUCGAGCAGUCUCAUUGAGUCAAGAUAAUCCGAGACCAUGUACUGGAUUCUUUAAUGAUGAGUUUACUGCCUUCAAUAAUGUCGUCACUCUGUUUGUGCGUCUUUGGUGUCUUAUGAACCCGUGGUCUGUGCUUGAAUCCUUUGAUUUGUAUGGCCAGUUGUUGAAUGACCAAGCUCAAGCAUUCAGCAAUGGUCAACGAGGUCAUCUAAUGACUAUCACCAUCAAAGAGACCAUUGAUACCGUCUUACCCAUGGCAACCAGGUUAGACAUUAGUUUAAAGCAAAGAGAAUCCACUCCUUGGCCUCGCUUGACAUACAUGGCCAGUGUACUACUCCGAGUAUUCAAUAAUAUUCGUACGAAUGAUCCUACGGACCAAAAGAAACAAAUCAUCCUUUUCAUAGGUAAUAGACUUUGUUUGAUCUACAACAGAAUAGGAAGCCCGUUGCUUUGUCGGAACAUUUAUUCCAAUAUGAAUAACUUGGGACUAAACUGGAAAAGAUAUCUGAAGAACGAACAACUACAAUAUCGGUAUUAUUUAGCAAGGUUUUAUCUUAUUAAACACCAAUUGGUUGAUAGUUAUCAACAUUUUCUUUGGUGUCUUGUUAACUGUCCUCUAGGGUUCAAAGACCUGACUAAUGUGACGUCGAUCCUUAAAUAUUUGAUCCCUAUUGCGAUAAUCAUUGGGAAAUGUCCCAACAUCAAUUACUUUAGUCAAACGUUCUACUCCAGUCCUCAAUCAAUACCUCCAUUCAUCCGAACUUAUCAAGCAAUUGUCCAAGCUAUUAAAAGAGCAAACUUUACAGAGUUUCAUCAAUGUCUAGAAUUGAACUACCUACAACUUAAACAGUCCAAUAUCCUCCUUUUAUUGGCCAACAAAUGCCAUAUCCUUAUUUCCAGGAAUCUACUUAGGAAAACAUGGUUAUACUUAGGCCAACCCAAUAAACUUGAGUUUUCUCAAAUAAAACGGGCAUUUGCUUUAUCCAUCAAUAAUAGCAAUGCUGGCCACAUUGGGUAUAAUACUUAUUUGACCCAAUUGGAUAACUCAGGUAUCCAUAAUUUAAUGACUUCUCUCAUUGAUGAAGACUUAGUAAGAGGAAAGAUCUUCCCCAUGUUAGAAACAGUGGCUCUUUCUAGAAGUGUGGUGUUUCCUAAAGUUGAUUUUGUCAACUUUACAAAGUUUGGUAACGGGAUAGAAGGAACGCUAAACAGUACUGAUAAAUGGAUGAACUAA